GCGGACUUUGAUGAUGAAGAUUUUGACCUGAUUCAGCCAUCGCUGAUCCAGCAAUUAAGGAAAAUUUUAGAUGAAUACCCAGACGACGGACAGGUCUUGAAGGUAACGUUGGAUUUUUUCUUUCGCAUUAUACUCUAGCAAAUUAACAAAUGAAUAUGAUUAUAAAAACGAUCUUAGUCUUAUAGCGAAGGUGAAGUGUAAGGGCCUAUUCACAUUUCAAUGCACCUUUCCAUUGUUUUGAACAGGUUAUUAUUUCCAGUAAAUGGAAGGGCAGGUCACUGACGUGGAACAGGAGGUUAUUAUUACGAAUAAUAACUUAGGGACGGACCAUUAGAAAACUUACGGGGAGGGGGGGCGAAAUACCAAAAAAAAUUUCGCGCAAAUGCAAGGGAAAAUUGAAUGAAAAAAAUUCUUGCACGCCAAUUAAUCCUAAAAAAUAUUCAUGCUAUGGCCUAAAAAAAAGUCAUACAAGGAAAUUGAUGACGAAAAAAAAUCCCUGCGGCUCGAAAAUUCCCCUCCCCCCCCCCCCCAUAACUUUUGUAAUGGUCCGUCCCUUAUUGUUCCAUUUCAGUGGCCACAAUAAUGACCUGCUGGUUCUAAAACAAUGGAAAGGAGCAUUAAAUCGGAUAAUGCCCUCGCUCCUCGGCCUUCUUGAAAAUAAUGACCAAGGCCUCGGAGCUCUAGCCUCCCACGCAGGCGUUUUUAAGGGAGCUCGUUUUUCAUCCCUCCACAGGUAUUAUUCUAUAUAGCCAAGCCUUGAGAGACUGCCAGCUACUGCUGCUAAAGUUCAUGAAAAAUUUUUGCGCCUUGCAAAAGAAAGGUCCUCCUCCGAUACGUUAAUCCAGGCAGAUCUAUUUUGUUGACACUGUAGUCUGUCCAUGUCAUGUUCUUGUUGAAAAUUGCUACAGGCGAUGUCUAGUAUUGCUUUGUUCAAAUUUCUAAGCGUAAGCCUUUUUUCUUGGUAAUCAAGCACAUUUCAGUUUUCUUAAUGACUGUGUGUAAUUUUUCGCUUCUUUCGCCUUUUUUUUGUUUAUUCUUGCAUUAUUUUUUUCUCACCUUUUCUUUUUCGUUUUUGCACUUACACGUUCAGCCUUAAUUAUUUUUAUCCCAUUUAAUGAUCAUUUUCUAUUUUUUAAAACACCUAGCCUAGAGAUAUGAUAGUAGGUUUGCAAGUUACGACCUUUCCGCGAUUGCCCUCCCUCUUAGUGGACUUCAUGAAUUUGAAUUACAGCCAAACAUUUCCUUACGGAGAUUUUACUUUGUCUUUAUGUUAAUGAUAUCUUAAAGUUCUGUACUGUUUACGUUUCCUUAAUAAUACCCGCGCAUUGCUCUGUAGAUUAAUUAUGAUGUAUUUUGUUUUGUUUCUAAGGAACUUAUUCAAAAUGCGGAAGACGCGGGUGCCACACAAGUCAAAUUUCUGCACGACAAACACAGCUAUGGCACAGAUGAGCUCUAUAACGAUGAACUGGCAAAAUUUCAGGUACCACCUUCUCAGUUCGAUUUAAAUCUUGAACCUGACGAAAGCGCCAAUUCAUGAAUUUCGUAGAUGAACAUCACGAUUUCUGUCUACCAGCCCUGCUUUGUGGUGAUGUACCAACCAAACUCGAGCUCGUCCUUUUCUUGCUAGACUGCCCCCUUUAAUUCGUUUCCGGCGUUCCCUCGUUUCUCGACCUGUGUGCCUCAAUCUUAGUGCCAAUACGUAUAGUCAUUCUAACUCAUUUUCCAGAGUUCAUAGCCUUGCAAAUUUGGCGUCCUUCAUGCCGAUGGUCUUAUAAAAAGCUUUUGGUGAUCCGAUUAGCUAUAUCGUUCAGUGAUGCCUCUGUUAAAAAGGCCACCUUUCCUUUGCAGGCCCUUGUUCCAGUCCCGGCAGACAGAUUUAGUCUUGUUUCCAAAUAUUUAAAACUGCCCCCUUCAUACAACGGCCUCCGGUGUCUUAUCGUAAGAUGUUUGUUUUGAGAGGUUCUUCUCUGCUUGAAAAAAAAGAACCAUAUUAAAGGCGCACGAAAAAAGCGCUAAAUGUUAAGGAACUUAUAUCCUUGUUACUUGUUCAUAGGGUCCAGCACUUUAUGCCUACAACAACUCCAAAUUUUCCAAAGAAGAUUGGAGAGGCAUCCGAUUAGUCUGUGACAGCAUCAAAGUAGAGGAUCCCAUGAAAGUUGGUCGCUUUGGUUUGGGAUUCAAAUCUGUGUUUCACAUGACAGGUAAAGUAAAUACUUUCCGCGUACGCGAGAGAUUUUCUUUAUUAAUUAAGAUAUCUGGUCCAGAAAAGGUAAAAAAAAAAGUAGCGACCAAUCAUCCCCCACUUCAGCGUUGGGAAACCACUUAAGCUCGACGUCAGUGCGACGAGGUAGUAGUUUGUGCGACUUACUCAAGGCUUACAAAACUGAGUUGUCAAAUCAAUUAAGGGAAAGCUACUAUGGUUGAAGAAAGGGUAGCUGACAAUAGUCUUUACAGACCUUCUCUAAACUAUUUAAUAUGCUGUAUUGAGAUUUUAUCAGUAGGAAACUGUCUGUAAUAGAGAGGUGUCGCUCACAUUUCAGCGGUGUCCGUAACAGGGAGGUGACAGUAUGGAGAGGUUCGAAAGUGAUGCAUAUUAUUUAAGUUUAGUAAUUAACUUUUACGUACGUAGCCCUUUCUCCCCUCAGAUUUGCCAAGCUUGAUCAGUGAUUCGCGGAUUGGCUUUAUUGAUCCUCAUGGCGUUCAUUUUCCGGACAGGCGUCGCAUACGAACAGGGAAGUACUGGCGACUUGACGAAGACCGCGCGUCCAUCGAUGAGUUUUCAGACCAAUUCCUUCCUUAUAAAGGCAUAUUUAACUGCACAGAUGAAGUUUUCUCCCAGGGAUUCUAUGACGGAACCCUAUUCCGUUUUCCAUUCAGAAGGGAACGCUCAGACCUUUCAGAAACAUUGUACAACGAAGAUAAGAUGAGGACGUUGUUUGACAGUUUCAAAGCCGAUGCUUCCCUGAUCCUCCUGUUUUUGCAGAGUCUGGAAUCUGUUGAGCUCUAUACCAGAGAGGAAUCAGAUUCCAGCCCCAGUAAAAUCUUUCAAGUAAAGAUUGCAGAGAAAAGCCUGCAAACAGUUCGUGCGAAGAGAAAGGAGUUUCGGAAGAAAAUCACACCUGGGAAAGUUAUGCCCGAACCAGUCACAGUGAGCUAUCCAAUGACCAUUGAAACAACUAAUUUUGAGACGCACUUGACAGAGAAACACUCAUUCUUUGUUACAAACUACUUCUGUGGUGGGCAAGUAUCUUCAACGUUCAAAAAGUUGAUGACAGAUAAGGUUCUCAGCUAUCUCCCCACAGUUGGUGUUGCCAUGGCAUUGCCAGACGGUCCACAGUUACAGACGCCUGAUAUCCAAGGCCACGUCUUUUGUUUCUUGCCGUUACCAGUCCAGACGAAAAGCUUAACUGGUUUGCCAGUGCACGUUAAUGGUUUCUUUGCCUUGAGUCAAAAUAGGCGUUACAUCAAGUCUCCGAAUGCAGAUCAAGAAGAACGCCAGAAGACAGGACGUAAGAUGACUGAUAAAUCCUUGUUAUGGAACAAGUGUCUCCUCGAAGAGGCCCUUCCUAAGGCUUAUACCACCAUGAUUUUGGAAGCCAUAAAUGAGAAGUCUGUUUUCAUUUCCAAGACAGCAAUCUAUAAGUAAGUUACAUGUUUCAGUACAUCGAAAUACGGCGCCCUAAUGAAAUUUGUUCGCUACUGGUUGUUGUUUUUUUUUUUUUUUCAGAAAACAAAGUAAUCUUUUUAAAGAUUACUUUGUUAAUUAAAAUUACUUAAAAGAUUUUACGGAUAUUUAGUGAAAUAGGAGAAAAGGAUGUCCUUCUGACGUUUACACGAGUUUGAAAAAGUAAAAGUAUGCAGAUUAAAGAAAGAUCCAAUUCCCAGGAUAGAAAAAACAACUUCUUAUACACAAGCUUACGACUUCAUCGCGGAAUCUUUAUCAAGUGAUGGAAUGGGACGUUUUGUCGCGUUAUUUAUACUGCGAAUCACGCGACAAAACGUCCCAGUAUACGUAGAAAGUAGGGAGCUCGUAACCGCCAUCACUGUUCAAUGUUCUUGACGCCUGAAAAAAAUAUUUCGAUGGCCUAUUUAUUUUCUAUAUUUGACUUCUGUUGGCCUCAUGGAUAGUGUCUUCAUCCUUCAUUGUCUUUCCACUGCUAUCCUGACUAUAGGUUUUUUUUUGGCAAAUUUACUUUCUUUAACUCCAUUUUAAAGUGAGAAAAAAAGAUAAAUUAUGAAUGAUAAUCCAUAAAAUAUUAUAUCAAGACGUUGAAGCUUUCGCAGAUUUUGUUCAUGAAAGGAGAACCUUAGAGAUCAUCAUCUUGUGUAUCUGAGAAAAGAGGUUUUCUAAUGUGACUAGAAUGGAUACCAAGUCAGAUUGUCAUCUUCACUCAAAAUACAUGACAGGAGUCUUAUAACUUAAAGUAGUAAAUAAGAGAAGAAAGAAAACAGUAGGUAGUAUGUAGGACUUGAACCAACGUCACUUAAUGUAUAAUCCAUAUCCGUAUCCACUACACCAUCAAGGGCUAACUGCCGACACCGGUUAAUUUUAACGUACUUUACAUGGCAUUGAUCAUUACACUAUUGAAAGCUAACCGGUUUUUAAACAGUCCUUACCCCUAAUCACUGUACUUCGGUGCUAAACCCUCUAUUCAACCCUUUUCCUUGUACAGCUGUCUUUUACUCUGAUUUCCCCAAUCUUCUUCACUUCUUCACUCCUCCACUCUUCUUUUCAAGAAUGUGCCCAAUCAAUUCGCAUAAAUAUAGUAUAGCGUGGUAUAGAGUAUAGCGUUAUGUAGUAGACAUAAGGUGUCCAACCUGAUUUUUAGUUAUCCCGUCUAGUUACCACCGUUUUCUGAUACUCACUGUGCCGUGAUUAUAAAUUAAGCAAGUAUUUGGUCUACCAUAAAGCACCACCCACAGCGUAAGUGUGCUCCAUUUUUGCUGUUAUUCAGAUGAAAACUGUUCUGUAAGACUAUUGAACAAAUUUUCUUUAUUAUAGUCCAGUGCAUCUUGAAUCCAAUACAAUUUUUCAACCUGACCUUCUUGGAUUCUAAUUACACUGAUUUGCUCUUAAUGUCAAAAUGAAAUGCCAAGAAUGUUCGUAUGGAAGUUAGGUCAGUUCAGAAAAAAUAUCAACUAGGAAAAUCAAAAAGGCCGAACUUUCUGUUUUAAUAAUAUUAUAUAACAGAAACAAUCUGAGAUAGUAAAGGCGUCACGAAAACAAGGUCAAGUGAAAAUAAAACGCACUUGAUUUGGGUUAAAGGGAGCUGGUGGUGCCAUUAAAGCAGCCAAGUGUUUUACAGGCUGCAAAACAGGGCAUUGACAAAGCGGGAGUCGCAAUCAGUACUCUAUUUUUUAUCUCCUUUCAGAGCUUGGCCUGACAUAAAGUCUAUAAACAAGCAGUGGAAAGGACUUGAGGAACCUUUGUUUCAGUUACUUUUGGCAAAGAACGUUGUUCACACAGAAGCAAAAGGUGGUAAUUGGCUGGCCGUUUCAGAAGCGCUUUUUCAGCGUCGAACGGACGGCGAACAACUUCAACUGCUUCAGAAGGUUCUGCUAUCCAUCGGUGCCCCUACUGUUACUGCACCAAGUCAUGUACUCCGGGCUCUGGAUGCCUAUGCAUUAAAUCAAAACGAAAUCACGCCUUCUUUGAUACGACAUGUGUUAAGGAAGGUACCCUUAUGCUACACAAGGCUUGAUAAGACAGAAAAGCUGCUGCUCCUUCAGUUCUGUCUCAGUGAUCGUGCUUUUAAGGAUCUGGCUAGCUUGCAACUUUUGCCAUUGGCCAAUGGAACGUUUGCCAAAUUUGAUAGCAGUGCUACGACAGUUUACAUAACCUCUCCAGAACAUCCUCAAGAACUGUUUCCAGGCACACCUGAAACAUUUUUGCAGAACGACUUGGACGAAGAUAUUCUUCAAAGACUAACAAGCGCAGCUUCUGAAGGUAGGCUUCUCAUAACAUGAGCUAUUUCUCCGGAUACCAGAAUCAAUGUUUAGGCCAGGAAGGCACAAAUGAGCACUGGAGCACACCCUUUCGCAUGGAGAACAAAAGUUCGUUUUGUAUGCCGUAUUAAACCGAAAUAAUCUGGAUUCUUCAAUUCUACUAAUGUAAUCAACGCCUACAGUAAAAUUUAUUUGGAUUUAUAUCAUUUGCUAAAGGUUAAGGAUGGAAAUGAGCGAUAGUGAUGACGUUUCGAUGAUGCCAUCUCAUCAUUUUCAUUCUUAAUUCCGUGAUGUCAUUGUUUAACGAGAUACGCGCCGAAGUCUAGUUGAAUGUGAUGAGCUGAGAAAUACAAUAUAAAAUGUAAAACUUGUUGAUUAUCAGGUAAAUAGCUUACUGUUAUAAAGUCAGAGUGGCUGUUCUGUUGAGGUUUCUUUUCUCUGGGUUUCCAUCAAUGUACGUUUUUCUUCGUUUAAGCGUUUCGAAAAGUUUCCUAAAUCAACCGCAGUACAAUAAAAGAUUGAAAAGAUUGUUCAGCUCCUUUUUUAAAACUUGUCUUGAUAAUCAGUCAUACUUUGCCUUUGGUUUUUAAAACGAAAACACCAAUGAUAAGGUCUUGGACGUGCUAAUCAACGUGUUUUAUAAUUACAUUUAAAUACAACAGAACAUACUCAACUACAGCUCCUUAGAAGCCACCAUGUACCUGAACUUCUUGGGCAGUCACUUCCGCAAGACUGGAAAAAAGGCGACCCAGUGUUGUGGUAUCCAGAUAGCCCCAGUUACCAUCAUCCUUCAAGAGCGUGGAUCCAGUCACUUUGGAAUUAUCUGCAGCGGCAUUUUAUGAAUAAGUGGGAUAUUCGCCAACUCGAAGGACUACCUCUAAUCCCGUUGAGUAUGUCUCAGACACCUGUUACCCUGACGCGUCUCUCCCGCCCAAGUAGGAUUGUUGUGAAACAGUAUAAUGAAGAAAGCAUUGAUGAGAACUUGGCAAAUGUGUUAAAAAGGCUCGGAAUUAUUGUACUGCAUGAUCUACCGACGUUUAUAAGCUACCAUCCAGCUGUCAUGGGAACGUACGUGAAUGCACCAACUGUCCAAGGUGUUCUGAAAGCAAUGAUGACAAUGAAAUCUACAUUGCCACCAGGAAGUUUUUCUGAAAUCCUUCAAAGAGACCUUUCAAAAACAGAAAAGCUUACCCUAAGGUCCUUUCUUGCAAAUAUCAGCUCCUUUGACAUUGAAAAGGAAGGUUAUAGAGUCUUCUUGUGUUCCUUACCAAUUUUCGAAACACUCUACAAGAGGUUUGUUUCAAAGAAUGAUGGCUUGAAAGCAGCCCCUGCCGAGGCCCUUCCAGUCCCUCCACCGCAAGACCUUAUUGAUAUUUCCAACAACGACUCCUGGACUCUGGCACAAAUACUUAAAGUCAGGAUUUUACAGCCCAUUGAGGUCAUCUGCGAGAUAAUAUUUCCCGGAAUCCAUGAAGGAAACUACGAUGAAGAUCAAAUUGAUGAAGUGAUGUUCUAUGUUUUUGAACGUUUUACACAUAUGAUCCGUAAAAACGCUAAUUUUAAGUGGCAACUGCAAGCUCUGUCCUUUGUCCCAAAGCAGACAGACCGGGUUAGGGCAUCAGAUGUGUUUGAUCCCCGAGACACCACACUAAAAAAGAUAUUUGCUCAAGAAGAUGUCUUUCCCGCAGGUGAGAUGUACACUGAUCCAGCUACCCUCGUUAUUUUGGAGGUACUUGGAAUGAAAGAUGAGUCCAACAUCAGUGCUAAAGACCUCUUUCAUAGUGUCAAACAAGUUAACAGAAUUGCACAUCACCAAACAGCAAGACAGAAGUCUAAGGCAAUUUUAUAUCAUCUCAACAAUCACCCUAAGAAACUGAAGAAAAAAGUCGAUGGAACAGAGCUGGGACUGCUACUCAUGAAAAUGCAGUGGGUGCCACGAUUGCAGCAGAAACAAUCAAGUUUUCCUCCUUCGCUUCCAUGGUUCAAAACUGAGAAAGGAGCGGAGUGCUUUUUCAAGCCAACCGAGCUAAAGAGUCCUACCCUGGUCAAUCUCAUAGGAUCCGUUAGGCCCGUUGUGGAAUUAGAGCCACUUACGGAAGUGUUCGAAUAUUUUGGCUGGCAAAAAUUACCAGAUGUCUUUGAUGUUGCAUUGCAGUUGAGAAAUGUAAUAAGUUUCUAUUCCAAAGACGAGAAACCAUAUUACAUGGUUAUCUUAAACGAAAUCUACUCUUACCUCAGUCGUGCAAACUACCAAGCCUUAAGUCUGGUAUUUCAGCAAAUGGAAAUCGUCAACUGGGUAUGGAACGGAGAUGGCUUUUCCUCACCUUAUCAAGUCCUUUCGGGUAAACUACCUUUUGAUCUUACACCCUACGUACACCCUCUUCCCUCGGAGACGAUGAAGUUCUCCCUCCUCUUUGAACGGUUUGGAGUCAGAACACAUACUGAUCCAAAUGUCCUACUACAAGUUCUUUACGCAAUCAAAGAAAAGUAUGACGCUGAAGUGGCUCCAUUAUCCACCUAUGAAGUGUACCAUGACCUACAGUUAUCUGUUGGCAUAUUAAAUGAGUUGGCACAAGAAGAAUUACCCCCAGAUAUUCAAGAGAGGAUUGUUAUUCCUGUUUAUACCGAGAACAAAUAUGUGCUGCUUGAGCCGGUUGAGCGCUGCAUGUACAGUGAAAACAGAGAUUGGCUUGCAAACGACGGGGAAGAUGAAGACAUGGAAUACUUAUACGUGCACCCCGAUGUUCCUAGCCGCACUGCUCAACGUCUUGGUGUUCCUUCUCUUACAAAUCGAAUGUUGGAGCCUGAGGAGCUGUACAUAGGAGAAGAAUUUGGGCAGGAAGAGAAGCUUACUACUCGACUCAAUCGACUACUAGAAGACUACACUGAUGGGUUUGCAGUGCCAAAAGAACUAAUUCAGAACGCAGACGAUGCUGGUGCCACUGAGGUUAGAUUUCUUUACGAUGAGCGAACUAAUGAGGAUGCCAAAACCUGCCUCAUUGACGAAGGAAUGAAAGGUUGUCAGGGUCCCGCCUUAUGGGUCUACAACGAUGCAACGUUUAAAGAUGAGGACUUUGUUAACAUCACGAGACUAAAUGAAGCAACCAAAGCGCAUGACACUGCAAAGAUCGGCAGAUUUGGACUUGGAUUCAAUGCAGUGUACAACCUUACAGAUGUCCCCAUGUUCGUUAGUAGGAACUACUUGGCGAUCUUUGAUCCUCACACUUCCUUCCUGGGAAAAGCGAUCAGAAACAUAAGAAGACCGGGAAUGAAAAUAAAUCUCAACAAAGACGUCAAAAGACUGAAAAAAUUCAAAAAUCAGUUAAAGCCCUUCUAUGGCGUCUUUGGGUGUGAUUUACGUCUCGAGAAACAAGACAACUCAUUUGACGGAACCCUUUUUCGAUUUCCACUGCGGACGGAAGAUCAGGCUUCAGCGAGUGAAAUUAAGAAGUUAUGGUACAACCAAGAGCAGAUGCGCGAAUUGCUGCAAAUGUUUCUCCACGGUGCUGAGAAUGUACUUCUAUUCACGCAGAAUGUUCUAAGUGUGGGAAUCUAUCACUUACCGAACACGGAAAGCCAAGAUCCACAACCUACAUUGAUGUUUCAGGUCACAAAAUCGGCAUCCCAUGCUGGAAUCUUGAGAGAACUGUCGUUUACAUUUACCCUUCCUCCAACUGCAUUUAAGCUUACUCCAGAGGAAAUGAGUUUUCUUCAACAGUGCAACUUCCUUCAAGCUUCAUCAAAAAGCAAGAUGUUGGCACGCGGCAAGAAAGUCGACCCCAAAAAGCUUCCAAAGUCGUCCAUGAUAGUUGACGUCGAGUGCAGGUUAACAAAAAGCGGUUCUGAUUUCUUUCAUGACGGUUUCCAUUCGGAAAAGGCAACAUGGCUCAUUGUCUCGUCUAUGGGGAACGGCCAAGCACUGAAGUUUGCAAAUGACGAUCCUUGUCUUCUUCCUUCAGCGGGAGCAGCCGUUCAGUUACUUCCAACAGAGUCGAACACUUUCUGUCCCUCACCAGUUGCGAAAACGUUUGAUGGUUUAGAUCUCAAAGGCACUAUAUUCUGCUACCUGCCACUACCAAUUCAUAGCGGUCUACCAGUUCACAUAAAUGGAGCAUUCGCCUUAGCCUCGAAUAGGCGUCACUUGCAAAUGAAACUGGAAGACGACAAGUCUUGCUAUGGAGUGGAAUGGAACAAUGUACUGCUGCUAGACUCUGUAACAUCUGCUCUCUUAGAUCUUCUGGAAGAUAUGAAAGGCAUUGCUCCCAAAGAUGGCUCGUACAAGUUUCAUUGUCUGUGGCCAAAGACGUCCGAAGUUCAUCGAAACUGCUUUCCACUAGUUCUGUCGUUCUACACACAACUCAGCAGGGGUGGUUAUUCUCUUUUCUCCAAUGGAGAGCACUGGGCUGACAUCAAGCAAGUCAUUUUCCUUGAUCCAUAUUUCCGGAAAAAGCCCAACAUCGGGGAGGCCGCGAAUGAGGUUCUAAAAAUAUGUCACAGGGGUAGAGAAAUAGUCAUAGACUUACCUGCCGAUAUUUUGCAGUCUUUCGAAAAGUGUGGCCUGGAGAAAGCAAUCGGUGCCAAAAAAUAUAGCAAGAACAGAUUUUUUCGUGAAGUUUUUUUUCCAAACGUUCACAUUCUUCCGGUCAAUCUUAGAGAUGUCCUGACUCUACAUGCUUUAGAUGACAAAAGUGGGGAGUUCUAUGACUUGAUAAGGCUGCACCCUUGUGUCCCAUCUUCACCAACUGGUUACGUUCUAAAGACUCCUAGCCAGCUCGUUCAUCCCUCCGGAGAAGCAGCGGCACUAUUUUCCCCUGAAGAUGGUAGAUUUCCUUAUUGGACUGAAGAAUCAUAUGCUCACCAGCAAAGGCUGGCCAAACUUGUAAAGCUGGGAAUGUCAUCGGAUGAUCUUCCUUGGUCCGAGCUACCGGAAAGAGCCGAGAGCAUCCAACAGCUAAAUGCAGUUAGCAGUAAAGAGGCAUUAACCCGCGUGAAGGUAUUGAUAUCAUUUAUGGAGAAGAAGCUGAUUCGCCAAGACAACCCUACACCUCAGAUUUCUACUCGUCUGUUAAACACGAAAUUUCUUCCCAUUCUUCCGAAACCAAAAGAAUUUCCUCUCCCGUGGAAAGGAGAGGAACUUGUAGAAAACUCGCAAGUUCUGCUAGCACCUAAGGAAGCCUUCCUAGAGGAGAGAAAGUUCUUAGUUUGCUGCACAGAACCUCUAAUUGGGGUUUCAGUGCCAAAACAAUUACGAAGCCUGUUACAUCUAGAUGAAAAGGGAAUCACACUGGAUCAUGUAGUACAACAAAUGACCCAGGCAGUGUCCGUCAAAUUAGAUCUGCUUAAUACGUCCGAGUACAAGGAACUGCGCCUCGUCUGUAAUAAUCUUUAUUCAUGUUUUCAGGAUGCCCUCGACUAUUACAGUGAUGAAAUCAUAGCAUUUCUAAGAGGAAUAAAUUUUAUUCUUGUCGACAGGAGUUUUCUCUCUGCAAAUCAGGUGGCAUUUACAUUACCUGUAGAUUGCUCUCCGUAUCUGUUCAAAAUUACGCAUGAAUUGGCAUUAUCUUUUACCCCAUUACUGAAGGCAGCUGGUGUUAAGAACAAAUUCGAUGAACAGGAUUACAUUUCAAGCCUACUGAAAAUAAAGGAACGAGUUGGAGAACAGCCCUUAGAUUACCAAAACCUUCAACGUGCUACACGUCUGGCAAAGCUACUAGGUGACACUCUCGAUUCCACGAAGCCAAACCUAAAGUGUGAAAUGGUUUACCUCCCCGAUUCCAAAGAGCUAAUGCGGCCAGUAUCUGAACUUUGUGUUAGAGACUGCACCUGGUUGCCAGACGAAGAAGGAGUGAACUUUGUGAAUGACAACAUUCCUUGGCCAAUAAGCUGGAAACUAGGAGUUAAAACACGAAAGCAGGAAGCCCUGAGACCUCACGUAUCUGGAAUUCCCUUCGGGCAGCGAGAGAAACUCGCAAACCGCUUAAAACGAAUUCUAACAGGUUAUCCUUGUGAAAAGGAAAUUUUGAAAGAGCUCCUUCAAAAUGCUGAUGAUGCAGGGGCAACUGAGGUUUGGUUCAUUAAAGAUCCUCGAAACCAUCCUGGUGAAAAAGUGUUUGAAGACAUUUGGAAGCCUCUGCAAGGUCCUGCGUUAUGUGUGUAUAACAACAAACCUUUCAGAAAUGAAGACAUUGAGGGAAUACGCAACCUAGGCGAAGGCAGUAAAGGAGAUGAUCCCAACAAGACUGGCCAGUAUGGAGUUGGAUUUAAUGCUGUUUACCACUUGACUGAUGUACCCUCUUUUAUGACAAAAGGAGAGGAUAUUGGAGAGAUUUUGUGCGCAUUUGACCCAAACUGCAGAUAUGUUCCUAACGCUACACCUCAAGAACCCGGAAUGCUUUUCAAGGACGUCACGCACCUAAGAAAGCGAUUCCCUGACGUAUUUCCUUGCUACCUGGAGAACCAUUUUCAAAUUGAAAAUGGCACAAUGUUCAGAUUUCCGCUGAGGACAAAAAAGAUGUCCGUGGUUUCUCAGAUAUCAAAAAGGGUUGUCACACUUGAGAUAUUGGACACAAUGCUGGAGGACCUAAAAAAGGAACUGUUUGAAGUCCUCUUAUUCAUCAACAAUGUGAAAAAGAUCACCAUCUGUGAGGUUCACAAAGCCACUGGGGAGCUUUUUAAUUUUUACUCUGUUGAGACUACAAUGACAAAGGAGGAUGCGGUGGAAAAGCAGGCGUUUAGGGAAAUGAUCAAACAGGUUGGAACGUAUUCCCUUCCAACUGAUAUUCCAGCAGCGAAAGUGUCUUACGUGCUGAAUAUCUCGGACAGUUUUCACAACCAAGAGAAAUGGCUCAUUGUGCAACAGGUGGGAUUUCAGAAGGCGGUGAAAAAGAGUAUAGUGAAUGCCUUCAAUAGAAAGGAGCUGGGAAUGCUUCCUCGCGGUGGAGUUGCCUGUAUUUUAGAAAAGAAUUCAAAAGACCAUGACGAGCGAGGUAAGAAAGCCUACUGUUUUCUUCCACUUCCAUUUGAAACGGCUCUACCAGUGCACAUCAACGCGCAUUUUGCACUGGACCACGAAGCAAGGCGAAAUUUGUGGAGAGACGAAGGGGGUGGGUAUCGCAGUGACUGGAACAAUGCAUUACUAGGAGAUGUGGUGGCCUCAUGCUAUCUCACGCUAUUAACUGAAGUGCGAGCUUUCCUUAAACUGCCCAUCUCUAAAGACGGAAAACCUUGCACCUUAACGUGUUCCGAAGGUGAGGUUUUGCAAAGCAUCAAGGCCUACGAGAGCAUCUUUCCACUAAAACCGCUUUCGGAUCCGUACUGGGAGAUACUGGUAGAUUCUCUUUAUGCUGAAAUGGAGAGCAACGAAGUAAGAGUUUUACCAGUAGUAAGAAACAAACAAUCGAAUGCAGUGUUUCCAGGAUGCGAAAGCAGGAACGUUGUUGAACUCAGCUGGUUUCCGCCUGUUGGGCGGAGUAAACGACAAGCGGCGUUCUUUAACGAUCUUACAGAAAAUGGUGUCUUUGCCCAGCUACCACAGAGGGAAAGAAAUGAACUCCAGACAAAUGCAAGAAGAAGGUUUGAAGAGAUAUUACUAGAAAGUGGCUUCAACCUGGUAGCCUUCUCCUUGAACUUGCAUAAAACAUUUAUACGAUCUGGAAUUCCCGUGUGUACUGUUACCCCGAGUUUAGUGGUUGAUUUCUAUAAAUCGUUAACCUCUCAAGAUCCGUUGUGUAAGAUUGGGUCGAUACCCUGCUAUAUAAGUGAAACCCCUUUCCGAGAUGCCCUUGGGUUAAUUCUUGUCCUGUUGUACUGUAAAGGAAUGGCCAAUUUUGGUGAUCACUUGCCUGGUCUUCCACUGCUUUUGACACAAGACAGCUGUCUUCGACUCUUCUCAAGCGAGGAUCCCAAGUUUUUUUCCAGAUUUCAUGAUAUCUUGCCUGGCUCUCCGCACGUCUUUGUGCAUAUGAACGUUGAUCAGAAGGUGUUGAACGAUUCUGCAAACUUGAAAUCAUCCGUUGUCAGGUCUUUGGAUGUAGAAGGAUUCUCAGCACAUCUACCCCAAACACUAGAGUUUGAUCGGUACGGAAAAAGUCGUUUUGUAGAGUGGUAUUGGAAUCAAAACGGUGUUCCCAACCAAAGAUGGAUAUCCAGAGUGUGGAUUUUCCUCAGCGACUUGUUUGCAAAAGUUAUUCGUGAUGAAAGUCUACCUGAACAAACCAAGUGUUCUCAGAUAAAGUCUGCUCUUACAUGUCUUGCCAACUGGAGUAUCCUUCCAGCUACAGAGUCUAAGAUUGUAGCGAGGAAGAGCCCUUUCCCUGCAUUAGGUAUACCUCCAACGUCCACUCAGUUUCUUGUUCCCUUAUGCAAGGCAACGGCUGUCCUGGAUUACAGAAGCUCAGAUGCGGCCAGUAGUAAUCUCUUGGAAGUGCUAAAGAAACUCGGUAUACCAGAACUCAAUUAUACUGUGCUGUCAAACUUGAGCUCAGCGGUCCAGCUUGCACCUUUUUUGGUUUCUUCCCUGAAGAUUCCUUCAUCUCUACUUACUGCCAUCCAUCACAAGAUAGAGAGAGACCCUCAGUCUCCUAAGAGAAUGGAUCACAAGGACUGUAGGACAAUUUUGGAGUACUUCAGUAAAAGUGUGGCCGGCCUUCACGAGGCAGACAAAAGCAAGCUAAAAAAGCUUCCGUUCUUCCUAGCGACGCAUGGUGGCUUUGUACCACUUGACAAUGAUCGCCGUGUUUGUGUCCUUCCAGUUGGGAUACCGAGAAAGGAAAUUGAAAUCUUAGAAGGUCACCUAAAGUUAGUCUUCAUUGAAUCCUGGGCAGUUCUCUCAAAUUUGUUCAAAUUCCUGGAUCUCCAGUGCGUAUCUUCCGUAGACGUGUACUGCACUUACAUUCUGCCAACGUUUAACAUCUUCAGUCAAGAAGGGAGGCUAGUACACCUGGAGUACAUUCGAAAAUACCUUCUUUCAGAAUUUGUAGCGGAUGAUGACGUGGACAAACAAAGGCUGAGGAACUGUUUGAAAACAACUCCAUUCAUUCCCUCCAUAGAUGGAACGCUUCAAACUGCAUCCUCAUUCUACGACCCUGACGUUGAGGUUUUUCGCAUAAUGCUCCCGCCAACCAAUUUCCCUUUGAAGCCACUUAAUUCGCCAGAGUGGUUAAUGGUUUUAAGGACAAUAGGGCUGAUUCAUGAGGUCUCCCAUGAUCUCUUCAAGAAAUUUGCCAGAGAGGUUGCACACGAAGCCACUACAGCGCGAACGGGGAGGACAUUUGAGAAGUCACGAAUUCUAGUCAAACAUCUUUUUCACCGACACAAUGUAGUGGCAGAAGGUCUCUUACCUGCCAUAGCCGACAUACCUUUUGUAAGCAGCGAGCCGGUAAGAAAAGGUCUCAGAGAAGUUUGCCUCCCAUAUGGGGGAAUGAGGGAUGACCAGAUUCAGUUCUGCGCAUUCAAAGGGGCAGUUUCAUCAGAGCAUGUUGAAAUUGUUUGGACGCAGGCGCAUUUACUUCCAAGUUGGGCGGAUCCAAUGACUUGCCGCCGUGAACUCAGCUGUCCCCCCGAAAUAAGUACUAAGAAAUACUGCAAGAUUUUUACCACUCAACUUCAAAUUGUUGCAGAGCCAUUUGUAGACCUUGUUGUUCGUCAUUGUCAAGCCGUUUGUCAUUCCCAUGAAAACAAAGAUGACGGUGAUAUUUCCUCGCUUGAGCAACGAACGACUUUAAUGCUAGUGGUGGAACGCAUUUACGAGUUCUUACAAGCAAAGCUGAACCCAGAAAGUGAUUUUAGAAGCCUUCUGGUGAAUACGCCAUGCGUUUUGGUCGAGCAGGGAAAGAGAUUUAUUCUUCCAGGGCAGGUAGUGCUCGAAUUGUACGAACGUCUCGAAAUAAAGCCCUUCCUUUACAGUCUACCUCGAGAGUUUGGAAAGUAUCACCCUUUAUUUCUUGCGCUUGGCUGUUCAAAGUAUGUCUCGAUUUCCCACUACGCUAUGGUGUUGCAAAUGCUGUACCUGAAAUCUAACAACGCCAAACUACAUCCAAAUGAGGUAACAGCAUGCGUUAAAGCAGUAAAAGGUUUUUUUCAACUGCUAGAAGAAAGCGUGGAGGGGUUGGCGAGUGUUUCACAGCUUUACCUUCCAGGAAUUUCCUUCACCAGAAGUUCCUUAGAUGAGGCGGAGGGCGUUAUACCAGUUACACUGCAACAAUCUUCUUACUUGGUGUUUUGUGAUGUCCCUUUCCUUGAUCGUCUGCAGAGUUUUGACCAUCUCCUGCUCGACCUAAAAUCAAUGAAAGUGGCUUGCAGCUCUGCCAUGACGAACUACAAAGAGCUAGUGAUGAAAUUACCAACUAAAUUACGACCCAAAAUGCUAUCCAGUUUAGUUAAAGAGACAAUCUCCUCGAAGAAUGAGAUAACAACCUUAUCGGUUGAAGCUGUGGAUUCCCUCAAACACAAGCUGUCUUGCCCAGAAUUUAUUGCUGCGAUUGUGAGACUGAUACGGGACGAGAACCAGAACAGGAAGGAUAUAGUAGACGGUGUCAUUGCAAAUGUCGAAAGACGCCUUCGAAGUAUUGAUGUCUACGUUGUAGAGAACCUUCGAAGUGUCUUACUUUGUGACGACAGUCCUAUUCCGGGCAGCGAAAAGAGAGUAUCUUACGUUCUAGAAAAUAGUAUUACGUCAGAUGAAAAGAGGUACACUGUCUAUCUCGAUCUGCUAUCGGUGACGAAGAAAACCUGUGCACAUAUUGACAUACUUUCUGACGUAAUUGUACUAGUUUUGGAAGGUCUUAUUGGGAACAGAGCGCUGAAGAUCCCUCGUUUGUUGGAUUGUGACCCCUGUGCCAUGUCUGCGUUAUUAGAUGCUUUGGAUGUGCGUCCAGAUGACUCCUACGUUCCGCGGGCAGAAGUUGAUAUCUUUCCAAAACUUGGCACCUUUAUUCCACUUAUCGACCAUCACUUGUUAAACGACGCCUUUGAAGAAUUUGAGCCCGGUGAAUAUGUUGGUUUUGAGCUCGAAGAUCCAACUCUAAACUGCGAGGAGGGUGUUCCGACUUACAUCUAUGCAAGAGUUGUUAGGGAAGUGACAGAGAAAAGUUUUCCUCUCUUGACGAAGAGGUACAGAAUCGACAUUGGGGGUGGCCAAGAGUCAGAGGUUGAUGUCGCAGACCUUUACAAGUUUCAUCGGUUGUCAUCCCUAUCAACUGCGAUUGUAAUAUUUGAACAUCAAGAGCAGAGCCCUUCUGAAAGACCUAGAACCAGAAACCAGCAACAGGUAUUUGAUGAGAUGUCGAAACUUCUAGAAGAUGCGUGGAAAUUACCAGAGGAGAAACGCCGGAAAAUCAUCAAGCGGCUCUAUCUUCAGUGGCAUCCUGACAAAAACGUUGGUGAUGAAGAAUUCUGCACAGAAGUUUGGAAACAUAUCCAGAGUGAAAUCUCGCGGCUGGAACGAGGGGAGCCAAGGGGAAGCCAGCAAAGCUCAGACAAUGGCUUCAGCCGAGGUCAGCAUGGCUCUUACGGCCAAUUUUUUAAUUGCUGGGGAGAACGGGCCAGAGAACAUCACACACAGCGAGAAGGAUACAGAUCCAGACAGCAAUUCCGUAGAAACUCUGCCAGAGCAGAGAACCCGCAACCGGGAGAAGCCAAGCGAUGGCUGAGGCAGGCUGAGGCUGAUAUAGCAGCAACAGAAAAUGACAUUGUCUACCAAAGACCCUCCUAUGAAUGGGCGUGUUUCAAAUGCCACCAGGUAUGGUGA